GCGCAGCUGGCAGUGUGGAGGAGGCUUGUAUGGGGCUGGAGGAGCGGGGGAUUCCCUUGUGUAUGAAGGAUUACGGUAGAAGGGCUGUGUCAGCUCAGGUCCUGUUGGCAGUACGGUGGAAAGUUUGAGCAGAUGUGAGAAGACAAUGAUUAGGAUGGAGCGAUGAGAGGUGACUCCGAUCAGGGUGGUGAGACCAGGGGGUGAGACCAGGGGUGAGGAUCAUCAAACACAAGCAAGGCUGGCUGCAGGGAACAUACAUGGGUGUAGCAAGGAGUGAGCAGUCAUCCUAAUUACAGGAGCACACACCCCGAUGAAGAAGUUUGGACUUGUCAGCCUUCCUGCCUUAUUUCUAUGUAGAUCACCUUAGUACUGAGGAUUGGUGACUUUUGGACUUUCUUCUCCUAGCUUCUCCCAUGGCUGACCCAUCCAGUCUGGACCUGAGAGAUAUAGAGAUCAAACUGGGGCGCAAGGUACCCGAGAGCCUGGCCAGAUCCCUGAGAGAGGAGCCCCCCAACACCACCGAUGGCUUCCCCCAACACACCCUGCCUGGCACCUUGCCCCAGACCAGCACCCUGGACAGGCUGGAGACCAAGAUCCAACUUCUCAGACAGGACAUGAUCUAUCUCCGAGCUACUGAUGUUAAACUGAUGAGACAGCUGCUCAUUAUCAAUGAAAACAUUGAAUCUAUCAAAUGGAUGAUGGAGGAGAAGGAUCUCAUCACCAGCCAGGGAAGCAGCUUGAGCGGGAGUCUCUGCAGUCUAUUGGAAAGCCGAGACACCUCAUUACACGGAAGUUAUACCAGUUUGCAUGGCUACAGUGAUGGGAUGGAUGAGAUAUCGGUGGGAAGCUACUUGGACACUCUAGCAGAUAUUGUUCCAGGACAUUGUACUCCAGAUUUUGAUCAGUACAGUGAUACACAAGAGAACCGUGGAGACUACCAACCACUGCGUAAUGAUUCCAGUGAACAGCUUGAUGAAUAUUACUGCAUCAGAUAGAGCAGGAAGUAGAACAAACCACACUGGAUGAGUGAGGCAUUUUUAAAGGGUAAUUCCACUUAAUAGGUGUCUGAACGGUUCCCAUAUUCCAUCGGCCCGUGUCUCCCAGCACCCAGGUUCACUAGGAGCUUGAAGCCUCUACAUUGAUUAAAAAAAAAAGAGGUUCAGUGUUUUUUUGCACACCCUACUUACCUCACUCAUGCUCCACCCACUGCCGCUUAGUGAAUUUCUUCUUGAUUUUUUUUUUUUACCAGCUUCUAAGAAAUAAAAGAUGUACACAUUUGUAAUAGAAACAAUGUGCCUUGUUUCUACUGAGUUCAUGUUUGAGAUACUUUUACUAUUUAUUAUGUAUGUUUUAAUUGUACCUAUUUUAUAAUGUAACUGACCUCUACAAUGCAAUAAUAACUUUCUUGCUUAUUUUUAAGAACGGGGGGCUGCUUAUGUAUGACUGUUACAUGGCUACUUGUUUUUGUUCUUUGGCUGGCCUGUAAUUCAAAUUUGUAAAAACAAAUAUAAAUGACACUGUGA